AUGCCUCGUCUCUUGUUUCCAGCAAUUGUUCUCGAGGAAAUCCAGAUUGAACUUUCUCUGAUCAGGCGUCCCAUGGAUAAUUCUUUUUUUCUUAAGAUGAGGGAAGCUUUCACGUUAUCAAGAAAGUGUGACAUUCAAAUUCAAAUACAUGGUAUAUUAGCAUCGGACAUCAACAUCGACCUCGAUGAUUUAAGAAGAAGAGUUCCGUUUCCGGCUAUGAACGUGCAACGGGUGUCGUUUAGAACUUUUUCAGAUGAUGGCUUGUGGCCGGAUAGCACUCCAUUUUUUGAUGCGUUCUUUAUGAUUUGCCAUCCAAAGCAUGUAGAAGAUCAGUCCUUGAAUAACAACAAUCACUUUUGCAAGCUGAUGAUGUUGGAGAAGAAAAACAGAAAGGGGUAUUGGGGUGAUUAA